AUGUUGGGCAGUGGGGCGGAAGGCGGCAGCUGCGGCAGCAGCAGGCGGUCGGGCGGCGAUGGCGGGGAAGAAGUGGAGGGCAGCGGUGUGGGAGCUGGCGAAGGAGAGACUGUCCAGCACUUGCCGCUCGCGCGGUCCAAGUCCCUAAUGCAGAAGCUCCAGUGCUCCUUCCAGACCUCCUGGCUCAAGGAUUUUCCCUGGCUGCGGUAUUCCAAGGAUACUGGCCUUAUGUUUUGCGGCUGGUGCCAAAAGACCUCCGAGGAUGGGGGCAGCGUGGACCUGCCCCAGGUGGGGUACGAUGAGCUUUCUCGAGGGACCCGCAACUACAAGAAAACCCUCCUCCUGAGGCACCACGUCUCUACCGAGCACAAACUCCAUGAAGCCAAUGCCCAGGAGUCAGAAAUACCAUCAGAGGAGGGGUACUGUGACUUUAAUAGUAGGCCAAGUGAGAACUCUUAUUGCUAUCAACUUCUUCGACAACUAGAUGAACAGAGAAAGAAAGAUAUCCUUUGUGAUGUCAGCAUUGUGGUGAGCGGAAAAAUCUUUAAAGCUCAUAAGAACAUCCUGGUUGCAGGCAGCCGUUUCUUUAAGACUUUAUAUUGCGUUUCAAACAAAGAAAGCCCUAACCAAAACAAUACUACCCAUUUAGAUAUUGCUGCAGUUCAAGGUUUUUCAGUCAUCUUGGACUUCUUGUAUUCUGGUAACCUGGUGCUCACAAGCCAAAAUGCCAUUGAAGUGAUGACAGUGGCCAGCUAUCUUCAAAUGAGUGAAGUUGUUCAAACUUGCCGAAAUUUCAUUAAAGAUGCCUUAAAUAUAAGCAUUAAAUCAGAAGCUCCAGAGUCUGUAGUUGUGGACUAUAACAAUAGAAAACCAGUUAAUAGAGAUGGUCUGUCUUCAUCAUGGGAUCAAAAAAUUGCCAGCUUUUGGGCAACACGGAAUCUUACCAAUUUGGCAAGUAAUGUAAAAAUUGAAAAUGAUGGUUCUAAUGUCGACGAGGGCCAAUUAGAAAACUACCAAAUGAGUGACAGUAAUUGGGUCCAGGAUGGUUCUCCUGAAUUGGCUGAAAAUGAAUCUCAAGGUCAAACAAAAGUGUUUAUUUGGAAUAAUAUGGGCUCCCAGGGAAUUCAAGAGACUGGCAAAACAAGGAGGAAAAACCAAACUACAAAGAGAUUUAUUUAUAACAUACCACCUAAUAAUGAAACAAAUUUAGAAGAUUGCUCAGUGAUGCAACCACCUGUUGCCUAUCCAGAAGAAAAUAAGACGCUAAUCGUCAAGGAAGAACCAGAUUUGGAUGGUGCUCUCCUCUCAGGGCCAGAUGGUGAUAGGAGUGUGAAUGCAAAUUUAUUGGCUGAAGCUUGCUCUGGUCAAGAUGGAGGUGAUGCUGGUACUUCCCAUGACUUCAAGUAUGGUUUGAUGCCUGGUCCCUCAAAUGAUUUCAAAUAUGGAUUGAUACCAGGUACUUCAAAUGAUUUCAAGUAUGGAUUGAUACCAGGUGCUGCAAACGAUUUCAAAUAUGGAUUAUUGCCAGAAUCUUGGCCAAAACAAGAAACUUGGGAAAAUGGUGAAUCAUGUCUAAUCAUGAACAAGUUAAAAUGCCCUCAUUGUAGCUAUGUAGCCAAAUACAGACGAACACUAAAAAGGCACUUGCUCAUUCAUACGGGAGUGAGAUCAUUUAGCUGUGAUAUUUGUGGAAAGCUGUUUACUCGGAGAGAGCAUGCAAAAAGACAUUCCCUGGUGCAUAAAAAGGAUAAAAAGUACAAAUGUAUGGUGUGUAAGAAGAUCUUCAUGUUAGCAGCCAGUGUUGGAAUAAGACAUGGUUCUCGGCGCUAUGGUGUUUGUGUAGACUGUGCAGAUAAAUCACAACCAGGAGGGCAAGAAGGUGUAGAUCAGGGACAGGAUACAGAAUUCCCUCGGGAUGAAGAAUAUGAAGAGAACGAAGUAGGAGAAGCUGAUGAAGAGUUGGGUGAUGAUGGCGAAGAUCAGAACAAUCCGUCUCGAUGGGAUGAAUCAGGAGAUGUUUGUAUGUCUCUAGAUGAUUAACUGACCUACUAUACUCCUCAAGGAUGCUGCAUUUGGACAUAAUAUGAAUCGACAAUUUGGAUUGUUGAACUUGAAGGCUUGCAAAAUAUGGUACAUGCUGGAUGAGGUAGUUACAUUGCUGUGAAAACUGUAGGGUCAAAGCCUUAUAGCAAAAAAAAAAAAAAAACUUUUUUUUUUUUAAAAUAUUUGCACAGGACUGUACAGCAGACAACCAUGUGGUUGGAUUACAUGGAGUUCCCACAUAUUCAGUCAGUUAUCAAAGUAAAAUAUUUUUUAUUUAUAGGAUAUACAGUAGCUAUUUGGGUCCUUUGAAAAUAUUACCUGUCCUUAUAGAGCUUACAUUCAUGUGCUACUUCAACAUGAAUGCAGAAAAUCCAUUUAGGAAGUACAGUGACAGUGACCCAAUCAGUCUGUCCAUCAAACCACUCAGGCUAGUUUGUACUAGUAGAGUUUUGUUUCUAU